AUGCUGGGUUUCCCUGGUAUUCCAGGAUCAAAUGGUAUACCAGGCGUCCCGGGGCCACACGGACCCCAGGGAAGGGAAGGUCCAAAAGGACAAAUUGGUGAUAAAGGAUCACAAGGAAUGUCGGGUCCAAGAGGAGACAGAGGGCGCGAAGGACUCCCUGGGAAGAGUGGACCCCGAGGAAUAAAGGGAAUGAAAGGAGAGCCAGGCAUUUCGGGAAUGAAAGGAGAGAAAGGCAUUGUGGGAAUGAAAGGAGUGCGUUGAGCUGUGGGAAUGAAAGGAGAGCGAGGUAUUGUGGGAAUGAAAGGACUGCGCGGAGCUGCGGGAAUAAAAGGAGAGCGAGGCAUUGUGGGAAUGAAAGGAAGAAAAGGAGACAAAGGAGAGAAAGGAGAAAGCGCCAAAGGAAGUCAAGCAAGUGUAGUACCACAAACCAACUGGAAACAAUGUGUGUGGAAAUCAGCUAGCGAUACUGAUAACGGAAAGAUUAAGGUAAAUAGAAUAAGAAUCAUAACACACUCCUAAGAGAAUUCAUUCCCUUUUAAAUUAAAAUUUUUCAAAGGCGAACGUCUCCCUUCUCACUCACCGUUUGCCAACACAUUACAUAAAUAACUAAGUUACAUUUCCCUUUACUUUGGUUCUUUUUUGAACGAAAAAAAGAAGACCAUCGUGCGUGAUACAAUGAUCAGACCAUAUGGAUAACUACAACAAAAAUUUAAGCUAUUACAGAGUUUUUAAAAAUUAGGAAGUAAUCAUCACUGGAGUUGUUAGUAUCAAUCAUUAGACACGGUUUCUCGCCCCAAUACAAUAUGUUUGAUUUGUGUGCUUUUAUUCCAGGACUGUGCCUUUAACAAACUGCAGUCUAAUUCAGCGCUCAGAGUCUCAUUCCAGGGAAACAGGAGGGUCCAUGGUCAUAAUAAGUGUAACCGCUGGUAUUUCAAGUUCAAUGGAAAUGAAUGCAGUGGACCAAUGACGAUUGAGGCUGCUGUUUACAACAACUGGUCAUCUGGGUACCAUUAUCUGUAUCAUCAUCGAUCAUUUGAGGGGUACUGUGAAAACAUCUCACAAGGCGCAGUUAGAGUGGAAUUAUGGGUAGGAAAGUGUAGUGGCCAAACCCUGGGUGGUGCUCGCACUAGGUGGAUAUCAGUGUCCCGGAUAAUGAUUGAAGAAGUAUCUAGGCCCCAGUCCUAAUGAGGGGAGUCUUUACCUUCUGCGCUGUUUCAAUUUCCUUCGAAUAGCAUUCUACGAAUAUAGACUGUAAAGCGCAAGGUGCGAAAGUAUUGUUUUUGGUUAUUUUCUUUUUAGCCCUUUGUGGUUACUUCCGUCGCAUUACAUGGUCAAUAGUAAACUAUUAUAACAGUAUCAUGAUUUUGUAUUAUUAUGUUGACAUGUUAGUCCUGUGCGGCAGCUCUUUGUUUUGUCACGCUGCGCUUCUUUAACUCCUUUGUGGGGAGGCACCUUUCGUGACGACACAAUAAUUGGCUGAUCGAGCUCGUAGGGAAUUAAUCUCCCGGCCCAUGCAGCCGUUUUGUCUUGUAACGUACAGCUCCUUCUCGUUCCGUGACGAGACAAAAUGGCUGUGAUUGAGAGUGAUUGAUUGGAAAUGCUUUUUGUAGAUGAUAUGUUAUGGAUGCAAAAUAUAUCACUAAAGCUUCAGGGGAACCAAUUCACUCUUGGCUUACCAUUUAUACCAUCAGAUUGUCGUUCAUUUCCCAUAAAGAUGUAGUCAAAGUAAAGGUCGUGAUAUAAUCUUUCAUGUAAGCGAAAAAAAAAAAAAAACUAAAGAGGUAACCUUUGCAUUUAAAAUAUUUCGACUGAAAAAUCUUUAAUUAAAUCCGGAAGUGAAAAUGAUUUUUAAAAUCAAAUCGUUCUUUAAUUAAAUCACACUGCACGAUUCCUUUUCUAGCCAAACCGCUUCGAGGGAAGACCAUUAUUAAAAACGGAUUAGAAUUCGAGGAUUAAAAUUGCACCUCGAAAAAUUUAUAUCAAUUAGCUAGGAAGAUGAAUAUGAUUAUAGGAUAACUUGAUUAUCUUUAGCCUGUGUGGAAGGAGUUCGAAAUUAUGGAAAGGAAAGAGAGUUUAGGCACGAGACCGCGCGCGAGGGAGAAGAGAGGAGAGGAAAUCGUUCCCCUUCCUCCUUUUUCGCGCGCCCUUAAGUGCUUCUCACGCACCUAAACCAUUCCUUCCCUUCCCUUUCGAAUGUCUGCCACAGCGGAGAAAGAGGAAUAUGUGUUUACUCGUAACAUUGAGAUUCUUGUCAACAAACCUUCCCAUUACUUAGAUAGCAUCUUUUUCUUGCAUGUCAGUGCAGUUUGCUUUUAUGCGUGAUUAAAUCUUUCAAUAAAAGACAAUCAGUCUAACAGUAUGUACAAAUCUUGUCCAUUAUUUUUCCUAACAAAUAAGAUCGAACUCAUUAUGUUUGCUCCUUAACAGAGAUUUUCCCCGUACAGUCUCUCAAUAUUGAUUUCAGUAUCCAAUGUAGCUAUUUGCAGACUUGUCUGUUCGAUUGCGGUUAUAAAUAAAGACGCACCCAGUUAUCAGGGUUUCUUAACCUAGAUAAUGGGAGAGGAGGACGUCACAAUAACUUGGGGACCUAAAUAACCAGUGCUGUAUGCCCCGGUAGGGGAAAGCGUAUGAGUAUACCCGGUAGGAGAUACCCUUACAGCAAGUUAGUCUCAGUAAGAAUUUCCGUAAAGAGUACGAUUGUCUUUUAUUUAGCAAGGCUUUUAUUGCUUUGUACGUUUUCGUAUACAGUGUACCAUAAAUUUCACGACUUUAUCUUUUUUUCUAUAUUUUUGAUGGUUUCGUAGAAAAUACUUACACUUUUAUCUUAGUCUGAGCACAACAUUGACCACAUAGGAGCUCCUCUGAUUUUAAAUCUAGCUCGGAGGAAACCUAAGGAGGAUAUACCGAUUCAAUAAAGUUUGUGGUAUAGAAUAGGCGCCUUUGCCCAGUAUAUAUGUAAUAUGCCUUAAAUAAAGAAGGGAGAUUAGCCUAGGCCCGGGGGAGGGGGAGGGGUACUCGAAAAAUUUUUAUACGGUUCCUAAGGUCCAACCCCUUACCCUUUUAUAUACCUUUUAGAACUUUGCAUUCCUCAGUUUUGUCUGCUGUAAAUGUACUGUCACUUGACUGGGAAUUAAUCACAAAAAUAAAACGUUUUCUAAACUUUAUAAAGCCAUAAAAUCCAUCUGUUAGCCCUUGGGGCCCUUUAACAGACCCAAAUGACAGAUUUCCCUACCCUUUCAUAUACUUCAAAGAGUAAAAUCCCUACCCUUUCAUAUACCUGAAGCCUGAAAAAGGUACCCCCCUUUCGGGCGGAGCCACCCCGUAUAGGCCAUUAUAGAGAGUAACCCCUCCGGGAGCCUAGGCAUCCAGUUGACUUGUUAACCCAAGACUUCUAUCAGUAGAAACACAUGUAUUACAUGGUGAUCACUGCAUGUAAACCGCCUUUUACAAUAACAAGAAGGCGUAACUAUCACAGAAUUCCAUUACUCUGUAGCCUACCCCAGAACUAUAGUUUAAGGAUCUAUAAUAAGUAAAUUGGACCGUUCUGAAUGAACAGAGAUAAAAGCAGUUUGCCCAAGUCACGUACUUGGUGAUGUCAUCACCUUUCAGCCCGAGAUAUAAGUCAAGCCGACAACAAAACUGAAUGGUUGGCCAAAUUAAAUCUUCCGCUAGCAUUACCUUUUGGUACCGCUAUACUUGAAGACAUCAUUUUAUUUUGUUUCCUAGUGAAUAGGUGCACGACUAUCUUUCCAAAAGGCGGUAAAUAAUGGUGGAGAUAAACCGCGAUGCAAUAAGCGUCGAUUACUAUUUGGCGCUAUGCACCGACCCUAAAUAGAUGUUAAGCCAUUUUCAGUGGCUAGCUAUACUAGCAGUUUUCGAGUGUUUUGAUUGGCCCCUGUAACUUCCGAGGGUCUUAUAUCCAAGGAGGCUUAAAAUCGGAAUAGAAAAUGAGUUUUUAAACACGCUAUAGCGGUGCUGAUCAAAAUACAAUUUGCAUUUACUCAAUCAAUCAAUCAAUCAAUCAAUCAACUUUAUUUAAACACGGUAAAUGGCUCAGCAAGCUGGUUUUCACACAUGCCGUGUGAUAAUUACAAUUUAUAAAAAUUAAGACUAGUGAUUAACUAACAAUACAAUAUAACAACAAGAAAUAAGUAUUAGAAAUAAGAUAAAAACAUGAUAAAAGUUAUAUCCUAAGAUAUGGCGAGUUUACUGGUUUUAUAUUAAGCUUCAAAACUUCAUUGAUAAUAAAUAGAUUUCACAGGAAGCUUAUAAUUGGUGCUAGAGGGGGGCUUAUAUUCGAGGAGACGUAUAAUAGCAUGUAUAGAAAGAUUGGUCUAUAAUUGGGGGCCUUAUAAGGGGCGGGGGGGCAGUAGGGGCUUAUAACCGGCUGUUACGGUAUGUGAGUUUUUUUAGACAGGCUCCUUAACCUAAUGACAGACCGGGUUCAAGUAUUAUAAGAAGAGACCUCGUCUUUGGGCGUUCGAAUUGCACGACUUAGUUGACUAGAAAAUAGGAAUGAAAUGUAUUAAAAAGUUUUAUCCAUUCUCAUUUCUUGUUCUGCUAUUUUAAGGCUGUUUUUUUUGUGUGCCCGAUUUCAAUAGAAAAUAUAUGACGAUGCAACAGAUCAUUUUAAUGUAUCCGAUUUUUGACCAGUUUAUAUCUUUUCGUUUUUCUUUCGAAAAAUCAUAGCGUGAAAACCGCCUUAAAGCUCUCCAGUUACAAGAGCAAGUUUUCUUCAACAAGGGAAACUUUAGGGGCACCCAACGACUGUUUUCUGUAAAAUAUCUGUUCGGAUUUUUUUUACCUCAGGGCGGCAAAAAAUUUCUAGAUGACCGUUCCAUUCACGUACAAUUUUCGAAGCUUAUCUAACUUAUAAAUUCCCCACGAUUUUCUGCUACAGCAAAAAUAAAAACGAAGACGAUGCACUCUCUUUUUGACCGACUCUAGAUCGUAAUAGCCGGGGAGGCUACUCAACACAGUUUUAUACGGGGAGGCUUCGCCCCGAGGACUAACCCCUUAACCCUGCACUUACCAUUUUUGACAGAAAACAUACCCUUUUGUACACCUUCUAUUGGCCGUAUUUAAAAUAGAGACGGAUUCUCCGCCUGAGACGGGUUAUCCGGUGGAAAGUUCGCGUCAGGCAGAUAAUCGUCUUAUAUGAUUGCACUUUUAAGCCUUCGUCUUCAAUUAUAUAUGGGCCCAUAUCAUGGCUGUAAACGAAAAAAAUACAUCCGAAUAUAAUCCCCACCGGGUAUAAUAAACUCCCCUCUUGCAUGAACUGAAUUGAAUUCGAUUUACAAUGACGUUUUGAAGCCUUAAUUAACGAGCAGUAAAUGCAAAAACAUAUAUUUUGAUCAGCAAUGCUACAAGUUAUUUCGAAGCGCUUUUUCUAUGCCAUCAAUAAGCCCCCUCGGAAAUGAAAAGCCCCUCCGUUUAUACGCCUUCCUAAAACCAAUUAAGAAGAUGUACAUGUAUAAUCCAUGGGCUUAUGAGCGACAAUUUAUGGUAGGGGACCGCUCACAUAUCUAGUACCAACACAAUGUCUUUUGUCAUUUUCAUGUAGCGUUUAAUUUGAUUCAAUGAAUUUUAACUUUAAUUUUAAUUUCAAAGGCUGUGACAUUGCUAAAUUUGAAAGUGAUACGUCUUAAGCUUGCAAAGAGUUGCGAAAAUUUACAUACGUUUGUACGUGUGCGGGUGGGAGGGGGAGAGCAAUUGUACCCGUCCCCUACCGUCAGGCAAACGCCUGUAAAAUUUCCCGACUCUGAGGAGCUAUAUCUUCGUUAAUUCGUUUUCGAAAAAAAUCACUUCCAAAACUUGGCAGUUUUACUCAUUUUAAAACGUACUUUCCGGGGGUUUCCUUAGCUUGUCCUUGUCAAAAGUUGAAAAAAAAAAAAAAAAAAAUGGUAUGGUCUAUCCUGAAAGGGGGGCACUUCUGGGUUGGGCCUCCCAGUAUAGGUCAUUAUAGGGGGCCCCUCAACCCCCCCCCCACUCCCCCACCCCUUUCAAGGUAUAAGAUGUGAGAGUUUAAAAAUGGACACACUAACACUAGACACGUUAAGGCUUGUUUAGCUGGAGCUUAGUGGAGCCGCUACUUUUUCUGACCGUCAGUAGCAUACCCAACUUGGACUGAAGGCAAAUUCAUGAUUAUUUUUGACGCACUAAAGAGGAAAGGCAUGGGGUACAGUUAGAAACACAAAAUCGUGAUAGCAUGCAUAAAACUUUGUUGCUUUCGUAACAAUUUAUAUUCUGCCAUUUAUUUUUGGAAUGUUCAUCUUUUGACCCUGUUUCAGUAUCUUGAAGCCAGAUUAUAAACAAAGAAUAAGAAGAGCCAACAAAUCGCCAUAAAAGGAAAAAGAAACAAGCAAAACCAAAGUAAGAAACAAUACACCGGAACAGAGGAUUUACUGAAAAUAUUUUCUAUAAAAUGAUGAGCACGUAGCACUGAUUUCAGAAAACGCUGUGUUCUCGUUCAACUCUCACCGCCAUGGUUCAGAAUUUCGCUGUUUUCCUGAUUCUUUCUCUUUUUGGCGGCUCACUGGGAACAACCACCUCACCUCAGCAACAAACUGACGCCUCAAAAUUACAAGACUUAUGCCAGGUAAGAAAUGCAUAAAGAUGUAAAAAGGACUACUGCGCCCUAGAUUAGGUACACCCAGAAAGCGUUUUAUUACUCUCACGUCGUUAUGAUCAUUUAUUAAAAAGUACCCGUUAAAAGUUUAUGGCAGUUUAUUUAAAAGUCCUCGCUUCAGCAUGAUCUUUCCUCGAAAACCUGAAGCCUGUCCAUUGUUAAUUGUUAAUUUUCUCUGAUUCCAUCCACCAUUCGAGACGAGAUAACGAUUUAAGAGGAUUAUGAUAUUCAAGGUUCAUUCCGUGCCUUGAAAACAAGGGAGACGGCUGGCGGGUAUAGACUUCGUCCAUUUUGGUUCGGAAUCAUUGUUUGCGUGAGAGCCACAGGCGUGUAUGAACGUAUUUAUCGUUUCAAUUCCAAAUGAGAAGGAAAUAUAAAUAAUUACGCGAAUUAUUUUUCGUUGCUGUUCUAAAUUAAUCUAAGUAAUUAUGACAUGCAUAAUUUCUUCGAGACAAGGUCUGAAAACUGGUAUGGAUUUUAGAGGCCAAGUCUGAAAACGGGUUUAAAAAUGACGUGAUUUGGUCUGAAAUAGAGUCAGGAUUUGGAGAACCGGGUGGCACACUACCACCGCCAAGAAUUCCUAGGAGUAUCCCCCGCCUCGAGUUAUCCAAGAUCCCGUUUCGUCUUCGUCUCUGCUAAGUGCAGGUCAUCUUUUUUCAACUUCAGCGAUCUAUGCUGGGUUUCCCUGGUAUUCCUGGACCAAAUGGUAUACCGGGAGUGCCGGGAGUGCCGGGCGUCCCGGGGCCACACGGACCCCAGGGAAGAGAAGGUGUAAAAGGACAAAUUGGUGAUAAAGGAUCAGAUGGAAUGCCGGGUCCAAGAGGAGACAGAGGGCGCGAAGGACCCCCUGGGAAGAGUGGACCACGAGGAAUUCAGAGAAUGAAAGGAGAGCGCGGAGCUGUGGGAAUUAAAGGAGAGCGAGGAAUUGUGGGAAAUCAAGGAAGAAAAGGAGAGAAAGGAGAGAAAGGAGAAAGCGCCAAAGCAAGUCAAGCAAGUGUAGUACCACAAACCAACUGGAAACAAUGUGUGUGGAAAUCACACAGCGACACUGAUAACGGAAAGAUUAAGGUAAUUAGAAUAAGAAUCAUUAAUAACACACUCCAAAAAAAAUUUAUUCCUUUCUAAAUCAAAAUAAUUCAAAGAAGAACGUCUCCCCUCUUAAUUACCGUUUGCCAACACAUUACAUAAAGAACUAAGUUACAUCUCCCUCUACUUUGGUUCUUUUUGAAAGAAAGAAAGAAAGAAAGAAAGAAAGAAAGAAAGAAAAAAACAUCGUGCGUGUUAAAAUGAUUCCUGGCCAUGUGGAUAAGGACAACAACAAUUGAAGUUAUUACAUAGUUUGUAAAAAAUUAGGAAGUAUUCUUGACUGGAGUAGUUAAUAUCAAUCAUUACACUUGGUUACUCGCCUUACUACAAUAUGUUUGAUUUGUUUGAUUUUAUUCCAGGACUGUGCGUUUAACAAACUGCAGUCUAAUUCAGCGCUCAGAGUCUCAUUCCAGGGAAACAUGAGGGUCAAUGGUAAUGUUAGGUGUAACCGUUGGUAUUUCAAGUUCAAUGGAAAUGAAUGCAGUGGACCAAUGACGAUUGAGGCUGCUGUUUACAACUACUGGCCAUCUGGGAACAACCCUACUCUGCUGCAUCAUCGGUCAUUUGAGGGGUACUGUGAAAACCUUCCACAAGGUGCUGUUAGAGUGGAAUUAUGGGUAGGAAAGUGUAGUGGCCACACCCUGGGUGAUGCUCGCACUGGGUGGAAUUCAGUAUCUCGGAUAAUGAUUGAAGAAGUAUCUAGGCCCCAGUCCUAA